AUAAUUCCAAAGUGCCAAAUGAGGCUACGGACUCGACGUUUAGCCCAUCAUUCGGUCCGGCUCAAGCCGAGCGAAUCGCAGAUACUGUAGAAAAUCCCUAAAUUGUACAUUUUGGACAUGCAGCUACCUGCUGUACCGCUUUCCUCCAUCUACCGGCUGAAUCAGCCGCAGGUUUGCUACGCCGACGAGCCAUUCUUCUCUACCGGCGGCCAUUUUUUUCUGACGUUGGACAUUUUAAACUUCAUCGUGCGGGAUUAUUGAAGCUCACAUCAGGAGAUGGAAACGGUCCCAGUUACAAGCAAGAGGAAGCUUUCAAAUGAACCAUCAAGUGAAAAUCCCUCGUUGCCCAGCGAAGCUCAAAAAUCUGAAAGUGCAGUAAAAAGGCGUAAUAUUUCUCGAACUUGCAUUCAUGAGGUUGCUGUUCCAGAUGACUUCAGUUCAUCGAAGGAUGAAUCAGUUCACGGAACAUUAGAGAAUCCAAUCUAUAAUGACAAAAUGGCUAAAACAUAUCCAUUUGAAUUAGAUCCAUUUCAGCGAGUUUCAAUAGCAUGUCUGGAGCGGAAUGAGUCUGUCUUGGUUUCUGCUCACACUUCUGCAGGUAAGACAGCUGUAGCUGAGUAUGCCAUUGCAAUGUCCUUCCGGGACAAGCAGCGGGUUAUCUAUACCUCACCCUUGAAAGCUCUAAGCAAUCAGAAAUACAGAGAGUUAAAUCAGGAGUUUUCUGAUGUUGGUUUGAUGACCGGUGAUGUGACCCUUUCACCUCAUGCCAACUGCCUAGUCAUGACUACAGAGAUCCUCAGAGGAAUGCUCUAUAGGGGUACGGAACUAUUAAAGGAGGUAGCGUGGGUUAUUUUUGAUGAGAUACACUAUAUGAAAGACCGAGAAAGAGGGGUUGUAUGGGAGGAGAGUAUAAUAUUCUUGCCUCCAGCAAUCAAGAUGGUGUUCUUAUCUGCGACCAUGUCAAAUGCUACAGAAUUUGCGGAGUGGAUAUGCAAGUUGCAUAAACAACCUUGUCAUGUAGUGUAUACGGACUUCAGGCCUACACCUUUACAGCACUAUGUAUUCCCGGUGGGUGGAUCUGGUUUGUACCUUGUGGUGGAUGAGAAUGACCAGUUUAAAGAGGAUAAUUUUGCAAAGCUGCAGGGGACAUUCACGAAACAAAAGAGUCAGGUGGAUGGGCACCGUAAUGGUAAAGCCAGUAGCCGGAUUGCAAAGGGUGGUACUGCUUCUGCGGGUUCUGACAUAUAUAAGAUCGUGAAGAUGAUAAUGGAGCGAAAAUUCCAGCCGGUAAUAAUUUUCAGCUUUAGCAGAAGGGAGUGCGAACAACAUGCUAUGUCUAUGGCUAAACUUGACUUCAACUCCGAAGAAGAAAAGGAGAUUGUUGAACAGGUUUUUAAAAAUGCCAUCCUUUGCUUGAGCGAGGAAGAUAGAAACUUACCAGCUAUUAAGCUAAUGCUUCCGCUACUCCAACGAGGCAUAGCAGUCCAUCAUUCAGGAUUGCUUCCAAUAAUUAAGGAAUUAGUAGAGUUGCUUUUCCAGGAAGGCCUUGUCAAAGCACUUUUUGCCACAGAAACAUUUGCUAUGGGUCUGAAUAUGCCUGCCAAGACCGUCGUUUUCACAUCUGUGAGAAAAUGGGAUGGUGACAGCCAUCGUUAUAUUGCAUCUGGUGAAUACAUCCAGAUGAGUGGAAGAGCUGGUCGUCGUGGUAAAGAUGAGCGUGGCAUUUGCAUUAUAAUGAUUGAUGAGAAGAUGGAAAUGGAUGUUCUCAAGGACAUGGUUUUGGGUAAACCUGCCCCUUUGGUCAGCACUUUCAGGUUGAGUUAUUACUCCAUUCUAAAUUUACUGAGUCGUGCUGAGGGUCAAUUUACAGCCGAGCAUGUUAUCAAGAAUUCAUUCCACCAGUUCCAGUAUGAGAAGUCUUUACCGGAUAUGAAUAACAAAAUAUCAAAAUUGGAAAGAGAAGCUGCUAUGCUUGAAUCCUCAGGCGAGACUGAACUUGCUGAGUAUCAUAAUCUGGGACUUGAAAUUGCACAACUUGAAAGGAAGAUCAUGUCUGAAAUCACCAGACCAGAGAGGAUUUUGUAUUAUUUAGUUCCCGGUAGACUGGUUAAGGUACGGGAGGGUGGGACCGAUUGGGGUUGGGGAGUUGUAGUUAAUGUGGUAAAAAAACCGCCUUCAGGAGUAGCUUCAUUACCACCUGCACUUGCAGCCUCACGCAGCAGUAGUUAUCUUGUCGAUACUUUGCUUCACUGUUCUCUUGGAUCAGGUGACAGUGGUUCUCGGCAAAAACCAAUCCCACCUUGUCCUGGAGAAAGGGGUGAAAUGCAUGUGGUUCCUGUACCAUUACAUCUAAUAUCUGGCAUCAGCAGCAUAAGAAUUUCAUUUCCUUCUGAUCUUCGUCCUGCAGAAGCAAGGCAGACAGUACUCCUAGCUGUGCAGGAGCUACAAAAGCAAUUUCCUCAUGGGCUACCCAGGUUAAAUCCAGUUAAGGAUAUGGGUAUCAAUGAGCCGGAACUUGUUGGAUUAGUUGCUAAAAUUGAAGAACUGGAGCAGAAACUAACUACUCAUCCAUUGCAUGAGUCUAGCCAAACUGAGAAGCAAUACAAAUCAUUCCAAAGAAAAGCUCAGUUGAAUCAUGAAAUCCAAGUGCUUAAGUCCAAGAUGAGGGAAUCUCAGCUCCAAAAGUUCCGUGAUGAGCUUAAAAACCGUUCACGGGUUCUAAAGGUGCUUGGUCACAUAGAUGCAGACAGUGUAGUUCAGUUGAAGGGGCGUGCUGCCUGUCUGAUCGACACCGGAGACGAACUUCUUGUCACAGAGCUUAUGUUUAAUGGUACGUUUAAUGAUCUCGAUCCACAUCAAGUUGUUGCUCUUGCAAGCUGCUUUAUUCCAGGAGAUAAAUCAAGCGAUCAAGUAUUUUCCAGAAUUGAGCUAGCAAAACCUUUACAACAGCUUCAGGAGAGUGCCAGAAAAAUAGCCGAGGUACAACGUGAGUGCAAAUUGGACGUUAAUGUGGAGGAAUAUGUUGAAUCAACUGUGAGGCCAUAUUUGAUGGAUGUUAUUUACUGCUGGUCCAGGGGCGCAACAUUUGCGGAAGUGAUCCAAAUGACAGAGAUUUUCGAGGGAAGUAUCAUACGCCUAGCCAGACGGCUGGAUGAAUUCUUGAAUCAGUUGAAAGCUGCUGCUCAUGCUGUUGGUGAAACCAAUCUCGAGAAAAAGUUUGAAUCUGGCUCUGAAAGUCUUCGGCGCGGAAUAAUGUUUGCCAACUCUCUGUACUUGUAGAAAGGGUUUACAUUUGGUUUUGUAUUCUCAGAACAUGCAUGUGGCGACAUCAUGCAGCUACUGAGUUUUAUGAGGGAGCCAUUUCUUGGCUAUCUGGGCUGGCUGACUCUUGUUUGGAUUUGGGUUGUAGGGAUGCUAAGAGAAGAGUUUUGGUGCCGUACUGCAACAAAGGAUGAGCUUGAUGAGUUUUAUUUUGCAUCGAUUCAGAC